AUGAGUGAAGAAGAGUUCUACCGUAUAGAGAACCCUGAACAAAAUUUAUAUUUAACUCGUCAAGGUAAGAGUAUAGUAGUUAAACGCCGAUCUGAUGAUGAACAAAUCUCUUCAACGUACAUCAGAGACUGGAGUCAAUUAAUUGGCUGUCAUUGGGACACUAUACUAGGACAAUAUCUUUCGAUAACUUUCAUCGAUGGAUCUAUUAGACUAAUUGAUACAAAUGACAAUGGUAAAUUAAUAUCCUUUAUGAGAACAGGUCUCGUUGGAGCCGAUGGUUCAUAUUGGAGUAGAUUAUACGAGGAGAAUAAAUUCAAGAAUAAUACUCCCGUUAUUAAUAUAUCGAAGAGUUUACCAAUCUUAACAAAAUUUUCUAUGGACAAGGAAACACUAAAAUUUGAACCCUUUGAUUUAAUCAGUAAACAAUGGAGAAAAGUUAACGAUGGUUUAGUUAACUGGGGUAACAAAGAAGAAAAUAAAAGAGGUAUCUUAGAUGUUCAUAUUAUGCAUUGUGAAUCUAAUGAUGAAGUAGCUUUCGUUCUUAAUGGUACCUUGACAUUGAUGAAACUAAACGAAGAAGCAAAAAUACGACAAAUUUGUAAGAUAACAAGUGAAGAAUCGGGUAUUUAUCAAUUCUGGUAUCGUGAUGGUAAGAAACGUGAUAUUAACAUAUCAUCAAUCUUAACCAAUGAUAAUAAUAUGUACCUUCUUCAUGAUAUUAUUGAAUUUCAAGAAUUGGUUCAAUAUUUGAAAACUAGUAUAACAUUUUUACAUGAUAAAAUAAUAAAACCAUAUACAAGUUUUCUGGAAAAAGUGACGAAAAUUUCUUAUGAUGAUAAUCAAAAAUUGUUCGAUGAUUUAAAUCAAUUAAUUUUCACUGGUGAAGUUGAAGAAUCUUUAUCAGAAUGGUUAAAAUACACAAUUGGGGAAAGAAAUAUUCAAACUUGGAGAGAUCAAUCCUCAAAAAUGUAUGAGAAUGGUACCGAAAUAUUACAACUUGGUGUUAUUAAUGCAUUGGAGAGAGUGUUCAUAUCUCUUGAAAGAAUUACCGGUUCGUUGAUUCUUUUACAUACAAAUACCAAUAGUAAUGAGGAUGAACAAAUGCAAUUUGAGCUACAAAUAUCAAAAAUUUAUGAGAAAUUCAAAAUCAUGUUUACAACCACUACUGAGGUGAUAUGCAAUAAUAAUAAAACAAGACGUAUGCUUAAACAAUUUUUAAAUUGGUUAGAAGAUAAAGUUCAAGAAAUUAAUGAGACAGAUAAUGAUAAUAAUGAUAAUGACAAUAAAAGCAAUGGCCAUAAGACCCAAAAUUUAGAUUAUUUUGAUGAAGCAACUACUGUAUCGCAUAUUAAAGAAGGGUUAAAGCAAGUAUGUUUUUGGUCAACAAUUAAAGAUAAAUUUCUUUUCAUGUCAGAUGAUUUUACAAUUAUGUUAAAUGAAAUUGAUGAAAUUGUUAAUAAAGAAAUCAUCAAUAAAUUUAUUAUUCCUAAAUUCGAGUCAUUGCUAAUUGAAAAGGGCUAUGAAACGAUAUUCUCGACAUUAGAGCAAAAUAAUAAUACGUCAUUUGAAUUACUAGAUAUAGAACCAAUGGAGAUCAUCGUUACUCCUACUUCUCUUAAGAACUCAAUGGGGUUAUCAACAAAUUUCAUCGAUAUCAUAGUAUACAAAAAGAUCACACAAGAUCAUACAGAACAAAUUGUCAUUGGUACAAUAGAUGGACCAUUUAUUCCUUUAAUAUUGCCUGAAGCAUGUCAAGUACAAAUGGCUCAUCUUACUUCUACUCAGUUAUACAAACAUCAAAUCAAUGGAAUUAAUAAAAGAUUCAAUUUAGUGAUUAAACUAUCAACGUCAAGAGAUACCAUCGAAUAUUUACAAUACAUCUUUGAAGUAAGACAACAUAGUAGAGGUAAACAUAACACUAACGUAGGCAUAGGAAUGUCUCAUCAUAUUAGUGAGAAUAACGCUAGUCGAACUAGGUAUGCAACAGAUUGGUUUAUUAAAAACUUCGCAAUCGAGCAAAUAUAUCCAGCCCUAACGACGACAGAGACAUCGGAGAACGGCAAUCCAAUAUAA